AUGCAGGACCGGGUGCAAACGGAUAAUCGUCCCUGGGACUCUAGGAGACUGGCCGGGAAGAACCAGAAUUCUGACCUCGUGAAACACCAGAGGACUCACACAGGAGAGAAACACUUUGAAUGUCCUGAUUGUGGAAAAAGUUUCAAUUACAAUUCUCAACUGGUAAGACAUCAGAUAACUCACACAGGCGAGAAACCCUUUGAAUGUCAUCUUUGUGGGAAAAGUUUCAGGCAGAAUUCUCACCUAGUGAGCCAUCAGAGGACUCACACAAGAGAAAAACACUUUGAAUGUCCUCUUUGUGGGAAAAGUUUCAGUCAGAAUUCUCAUCUGGCAGAACACCAGAGGACUCACACAGGAGAGAAACCCUUUGAAUGUCCUGUAUGUGGGAAAGGUUUCAGCCAGAAUUCCAACCUGGUAACACAUCAGAGGAUUCACACUGGAGAAAAACCCUUUGAAUGUCCUCUUUGUGGGAAAAGUUUCAGACAGAAUUAUGACUUGGUGAUACACCAGAGGACUCACACAGGAGAGAAACCUUUUGAAUGUCCUGUAUGUGGGAAAGGUUUCAGCCAGAAUUCCAACCUGGUAACACAUCUGAGGACUCACCCAGGAAAAAAGCCCUAUGAAUGUACUGACUGUGGGAAAGGUUUCAGGCAGAAUUCCAGUCUGCUGAAUCAUCAGAGGACUCACACAGGAGAGAAACCUUUUGAAUGUCCCCUUUGUGGGAAAAAUUUCAGGCAGAAUUCUCGCCUAGUGAGCCAUCAGAGGACUCACACAAGAGAAAAACCCUUUGAAUGUCCUCUUUGUGGGAAAAGUUUCAGUCAGAAUUCUUAUCUGGUGGAACACCAGAGGACUCACACAGGAGAGAAGCCCUUUGAAUGUUGUGUUUGCGGGAAACGUUUCAGUCAGAAUUCCAACCUUAUGAAACACCAGAGGACUCACACAGGAGAGAAACCCUUUGAAUGUCCUGUUUGUGGGAAAAGUUUCAGUCAGAAUUCCAGCCUGGUGAAACACCAGAGGACUCACACAGGAGAGAAACCCUUUGAAUGUACUGUUUGUGGAAAAAGUUUCAGUCAGAAUUCCAACCUGAUGAAACACCAGAGGACUCACACAGGAGAGAAACCCUUUGAAUGUACUGUUUGCGGAAAAAGUUUCAGUCAGAAUUGCAGCCUGGUGAAACACCAGAGGACU